AUGGCUGAAUCCAGGAGGGUCCAGCUGACCGCUCUGAGCCAGGAUGUACCUCCAUCCUCGGACAGUUCGGCUCCGGUGCACCUGUGUCCCUCCAGGGCUCUGCAGGGGGAAGAGAAGCGCUCAGACCGGCCUGCUGAGUCCAACACGGUCCGCCUUGUCCUCAACCUGUUUGAUCCAGACGAGAAGAGCUUUCCAGAGUUCAGCUACAGUCAGCUCAUUGAUGCCAAGGGUGGCAAGCCUAAGAAGAAAAAGGACCGCAUUCAGGACUUAAUCGAUAUUGGAUUUGGUUAUGAUGAAGAGGAUUCUUUCAUCGACAACUCUGAGGCUUAUGAUGAGUUUGUGCCGGCCUCCAUCACAACCAAAUUUGGAGGAUUUUAUGUGAAUUCAGGCGUGCUGCAGUUCCGUCAGGCUUCUGACACUGAAACUGAUGACCUCACAGCAGAGGAGAGAACACGUGUUCUCACAAAAGUAAGUGGUUAUGAUGUGUUUUUCUUCAGCGCUAUGUCCACAAUUGGGCGUGAUAAUGACAUGAAGAUCAAAAAGAAGAAAAAGGCUAAGACACUGAGCGUCACCAGCAUGCUGAAAAAGUUUCAAAAACAAAAGGAAAGAGAACGACAGCAGAUGGAGAAAGCAAAUCAGAAGACAUGUGGGAUGAUGGGUGUAACCAGCAUCCCCGUGUUCCCGGCAGAUGCAGCGGGUGAGGGAGGUGGAGGCUCAGGACAGACCGACCCUCUCCUCAGUUUGAUUGGUUCAACCAAUGACCACACUCUCAUCCAAGCCGCCAGCACAUUGGAUUUUGACAUUGAUUUGGACUCUUUAUUAGAUGUGAGUGAAGAAACUGCAUCACCACAAUUGCUUUCUCAGCCUGCCACUGAAGCACAGUUAAUCCAGACCAAAACAGAUGAUCUGCUCAACGCUAUUUCUGAUGCUAAAACCCAGACUUUAAACACAAACUCUCAGUUGAAGCCUCUUCCAGAGCAAGUCCAUCUUCUGUCAGAAGUCAGUUCUGCAUCACCACACCAGUGUGUCCCCCUGCCGGAGGGACUCCCUGCAGGACUAGAAGAAAGUAUUAGAAAACUCACAAUGGCUGCCAAGACAUCAGAGGGAGAGUCAAAACUCAAGUUCUUCAACCCAGAUAUCAACUCGAUUCUCCUAGAAAUUGAGUUGCAGUGUCGGGAGCAGGGCGGUCAGCUGCGCUCCAGAGUGUACACACACCUGUCGUCCUUCCUGCCCUGCAGCAGAGAUGCACUCCUCAAACGCGUGAAGAGACUGUUCAUCGCGCACGCGGAGCCCCCUGGUGCGGAAGAUCCAGUGCAGAAACUGAACGAGGCCAUUAGAAGAUCUAUGCCUGAGCAGAUUGCUUGUUUCCAUGAAAACUACCAAGCGUAUGAACAAACCAAGACUGCGAAGACAACAGAAGAGGACAAUGUGGAGGAGAAAAGCGGGAAAAGAGGUCCCAGGAAGUUGUUCAAAUGGAAUGAGGAUAUCAGCUUUGCUGGUUUAUGA